UUUCGGUUUUUUCUCCAUGGAUUUAGCAGUUAGAUGAGUUUGUCUUCCCCUUUUUCUUUUUUUAAUUGCUUAUCAUUUCUUGUGUUCUUUCCCCUCCCAAUCCUGAAUUUAUCAAAAUUUCUGUUUUCGGUUAUAAUUUUUCCCUUUUUUGAAUUAUGUUCCUAAUGGGUUUGAUCUGAGAUUCUGAGUGGGUUUUAGGCGCAUCCUGUAACUUUCAUGAUCCAAAACUUGGAUUUUUUCCCAUGAAUUCGUGGUAGAUGUUGAGAUCUGAUCAAUUUCUCUGUUGUGGAAGUUCAAUUUUUUGAGGUUUUCUGGAUUGAUUUCGGGAUGAGGGUUUUGGGACCUAAGAUUUAUUUUUUAAUAUGGUUUUUUUGCAGAAUUCUUUAUAUAAAUGGGUGUUUGCAUAUUUGUGUUUCCGUCUCUUCACUUUGGGGUUUUGUGGGUUUGAUUCAUUUUUUUCGUAAAAUAGAAUUUUUUUUCUCCUUUUGAAUUGCAGAAAUUAUAGGGAAGAGAUUUCUGUAAAUCAAUUCGACAUCAUCCGUCCGCGAUGUUUAGCUGAAGCUACUUUAAAUUUCUUCACAAAUGAGAUGUUUAAUCUUCUCUGCACAACUAUUAUUGGUUCUCUGUUUGGGAUCGCAUAUAAUAUAUCCCUCUCUCCACCUACGAAAGUUGGGAUUGAUGUUUAGUGUUUGUGAAUCGUGAGGGUGUUUGACAUAAUUCACCUAAGUCUCUUGCUUUAAUUGAUUGUUCUGAAUUCUGUUAGUCUCUGUCUCUCUGUUCAUGCAGAUCUAUUAGAACUUGGAAGCCACUUAAACCGAGUUAAUGCCGUUGUCGACUUUGAUUGAAGAAAUGGGGACCAUGGUUUUGUUGCUUUGUGUUUGCUGAGUCCAUGUUGGUGGUGUUUCUGAGAUAUGGUGUUGCAGAAGAGGUUGGACUAUGGAUUCAAUGGCUACCAAGUGCCUUCCAUUCCCCGAGCGUCAAGAUCAGCCAGGGGGAGAGGUUGUGUUAGAAAGAAAGUUGAGAUCAAUCAGAUUUGUGCAUUUGACUUACUAGCCACUGUAGCUGGCAAGCUAUUACAGGAGAGGAAAGAUUCACCUGCUUCAAGUACUGUUAAACAGGAACAAGUGGAUGAAGAUAAUCAAUUGAAAAUAGAAUCUUGUGAUCAUGGAAGCUGCAAUGAGAGUGUCUCUGUUUCAGAACUCAGAUUACAAGAUCGCAAACUUAAUUAUAUAUCAAAGGAACUCUUACAUGUCCAGAGUGUUGGAGGUUCAGGACUUAAGUCUGUGAAAACAAAUUUCAAGCAUUCAGAGAAGUAUGGUUCUGCUGAGGAGUUAGUAGUUGGCAACAGCAGCAGUAUUUUUGGAAACCAUCCUAACAAAGUAGAGAGAGGCUUACCUGACUUUGUCAAAUAUUGUGAAGACAAAGCAGAGGAUGGAACUGAGAAACCAUUGGAUUCCGAGGCACAAAAGAUUGGAAGUGUGAUUAAUGGAACUAUCCCUGAUACUUGCAGUACAAAGUGUCCAAUGGAAUUGGAUAGGAAACCUCAUGCGCUGAUGAGUUCAGACAGCAGUGUUGAGGUGUCUUUGUGCAGAGACCAUGUUCCUCAUGAUUCUUUUCCUGGACGUUGGGAUUAUUUAAAGGUAGGUAGUAGAGAUGAUGACGAAAACUCUUCUGGUUGCACUCAACCUAGCAAUGUAACUUCAAAGGACUUCAGGUCUUCACCAUGUAUUGGAGAACGGAGGAUAAGGAAGCUGUUGGCUUCCAAAUAUUGGAAAAUGGCUCCAAAGCUAAAGGAUGAGGAUCUUUCAAACAGUGAUGGGGAAAUGAAGCCUGUUCACCGCAAGAGAAAAAACACUUAUACACGUCAAAGAUCACAGAGGAAUUCUCCAUUUAAGAAGAGAAAUCUGUUUGAUAGAAGCACCAUAUCAACAUCUGAUGGUGGGAUUAGUAGUGAAGGCAUUUCUAAUUCACCCAUAAAGGGCAUUCAUGGAGAUGUAACUGGUUCAGGUGCAAAAGUGGACAGAGCUAGUGGUGCAUCGUCUUCUUUGGCAGGUCAACAAGCAUCCUUCCACUCAAGGGGUUCUCAUGUGAACCUUUGUAUCAAAUCCUUUCGUGUGCCUGAACUCUUCAUUGAAAUUCCUGAAACUGCAACCGUUGGUUCAUUGAAGACGACUGUUAUGGAGGCUGUCAAUGCUGUACUUGGAGGUGGACUACGUGUUGGUGUACUUCUUCAUGGGAAGAAGGUUAGAGAUGACAGCAAAACUCUGCUACAGACUGGAAUCUGUAAUGAGGACAAGCUGGACACUUUGGGUUUCACACUGGAGCCUGACCCCACUAAUGCUGCCCCCCCUUUGUGUAAUGAAGAUCCUCCCUUUCAACUUCCUGAUGAUACACCUCAAUCACUAAUCAGGUACCCAACCAGUGCUAAUUUAGAUCCAGGGACUUCCAUUAGCUCUCCAGAUGCACCAGUGACCAGCAUAGGUAACUGUGUUGAAAGUAACCAUAAUUCAGUUCACUCCUCUGCUGACAUGUCUGCGGACAAAACAACAUCUGAUUCCAGAGCACUUGUUGCUGCUCCUACUAUGAGUGUUGAGGCAUUGGCUGUGGUUCCGUUAAUCCGGAAAUGUAGGCGAUCUGAAAUUGUACAGCGCCGGAUCAGAAGGCCUUUUUCUGUAUCGGAAGUGGAAGCACUUGUUCAAGCUGUCGAGAAACUUGGGACUGGAAGGUGGCGGGAUGUUAAGUUAUGUGCUUUUGAUAAUGCAAAGCACCGAACCUAUGUGGACUUGAAGGACAAAUGGAAAACACUGGUGCACACGGCAAAGAUUUCCCCUCAGCAGAGGAGGGGAGAGCCCGUUCCCCAGGAGCUCUUGGACAGGGUCCUGUCAGCCCACGCCUACUGGUCUCAGCAGCAAGCAAAGCAACAGGCCAAGCAGCAGUCAGACAUGCCUUCUCCUCUGAAACAAUUUAGAAGCCAAGAGGAGUAAGGAAUGUUUAGAAUUCAGAGAUGAUCGGAGAUAUUUUCUCUGAAUUAUCAUUGUUAUUUUGUAAAAAGAAAAAAUUAAAGUGAUGAUGACGAAAAAAAAAAAAAAAAAAGAACGAGGAUGCUUGAAGAAAUUCAUGUAAUAUUCUCACUCACCAUGAUUCUUACUUAGCUAGAUUUUUUUUUUCCAAUGGAGAGUUUGGAAAUUGUAAAUGUUCACGGAAUAAGAGCACGGUUCCGGAAUUAACCUACGUCGGAAACACCGGAGUGUAGCUGACCAGUAGAUUCCGUCAUUUCCAUUCAAUUUGAUCUGAUUUGAUUCCUUUAGAGAAUUUGUAGAGAGAAAGAAGAAAGAAUAAAAGUGAGGAUCUCGUAUGAAGAAUUUAGAUGUCUUUCACUAAUUUUAUAUUAUCAAUGUAAUCUUCUUCCCUUGUUUAUAAAUCAAUGGGAUGUGGUCUUACCCUUU